CUUGUUUUGCUCCAAUCGAUGUGCUGUGGAGGAGACAACGUGGCUUCCUGCAACCGACCUAAGCUAAGACUGUUGUUGUUCUUUCUGACAUCCUCUACGGUCUGCAGACUUGUGAAAGAAGAUGUCAAGCUUAGACGGGAAAGUUGCCAUUAUUACAGGUGCCAGCUCUGGGCUUGGUAAAGCCACAGCAAUUCUGUUUGCGGAGUUUGGUGCAAAACUUGUUUUGACUGGUAGAAAUGGAGAGGCUUUAAACAAAACAAAGUCUGAAUGCUUGGAAAAGAACAAAAAUAUCUCAGAACCACUCUGCAUACAAGGUGACUUGACUGAUGAGGAGCAUGUUAAAGACAUCAUAAAGAAGACAAUAGAUCACUUUAAAUGCAUAAAUGUAUUAGUAAACAAUGCUGGGAUCGUUGUUAAAGGAACAGUUGAAAACACAACUAUGGAACAGUUUGACAAAAUAAUGAAUAUCAAUGUUCGAUCCGUUUUCCAUCUAACACAUCUAGCGGUUCCAUAUCUUAUUGAGACUAAAGGUAGCAUUGUCAAUGUUUCCAGUGUCAAUGGGAUGAGGGCAUUUGCUGGUGUCAAUGCCUAUUGUAUGACCAAGAGUGCUAUCGACCAGUUUACCAGAUGUACAGCAUUAGAGCUUGCAUCGAAGCAGGUCAGGUGCAAUUCAGUAAACCCUGGUGUUAUCAAAACCGAAAUCCACCAACGAGGCGGAAUGGAUGCCGCUGAAUAUGCCAAGUUCUUAGAGCACUCCAAGACAACGCAUGCGCUAGGACGUGUUGGAGAGCCAAUAGAAGUGGCCAAAACGAUUGCUUUCCUUGCAUCUGAUGAUUCUUCGUUCAUUACUGGUGCAAGCAUACCGAUUGAUGGAGGCAGACAUGCCAUGUGCCCCAGGUGAUGAUCGAACUGACCCUGAACGAGUUUUCAACUAAAUCAAAUUAUAAUAGUUCAUUGUGAUAUUAGUUUAUAUGACGAAUUGAAAAGCCUGU